GGAUGCGAUGGCUCCGGUUCUUGAGUUCAUUGAAGGGCUCCUAGAGGUUAUUUCUGGGGGACUCUUCGACCCGGACCGCACAAGGUGCCGGGGCCUUUCCGGUCUGCGCAGCGAGGAGGAGGCUGGUCCGUCCAUAGCACCUGAGGUUGACGAUGUCUGGAGUCCUGAGGAGCCUUUGGAUCCUGGGGGUGCCGUGUCUGAAGGUGCUUCCUCGUCGGCGUCUCUUCGGGAUGAGGAGGAGUCCGAGGAUGCUGAUAGGAUGGCCGAGUUCGCGGGAGAGCAGGUGGCCGAGACCAUCCAAGGUGCGAAUUUUGGAAUCCCGACAGUGAAG